AUGAAGACACUAGGCCUCCUUGGUGGCAUGAGCUACCAUUCCACAGCCCUCUAUUACACCUCCAUCAACGCCCAUGUCCAGCGGAAGCUAGGGGGCUUAGCCUCAGCGUCACUGAUAUUGCACUCCUUCAACCAUGCAGAAACUUCCGCGCUUUUCACUGCCGGACGAUGGGACCUAGCGGCGGACAAAUUCAUCACUGCUUCCAAAAACCUCAAGCUAGCAGGCGCGCAAGGUAUCGGCAUCGGCUGUAACAUCGGGCACAAGGUAGCCUCGCAAGUAGAGGCCGAAGUAGGCUUGCCCUUGCUGCACAUUGCUGACUCCGCGGCCGACGAGAUCAAGAAGAGAGGCCUCUCGAAAAUUGGCCUGCUCGCAACAAAAACGGUGAUGGAGGAAGACUUCAUUAAGGGCCGCCUGAGUGAGAAAGCUGGCGUGGAGGUCUUGAUUCCUGAUGAAGACGAGCGGAUUGCGGUUGACAAGGCCGUGUUUGAAGAGCUUUGCGCUGGCAUCUUCAAAGACGAAACGAAAACCAAGAUUGCGGGAAUAGUAGACAGGCUGAUCCAGAAGGGGGCCCAAGUCGUGGUCCUGGCCUGCACAGAGCUACAAUUCGUCGUGAAGGCUGAGAACGUUACGGUCCCCCUCCUUGAUACCAUGGAACUACAUGCAAAGGGACUGGCAGAGUUUGUGCUGUCAGAAUGA